GAAAGUCCCAACCCAAGAUCCCAUCAUCAUCAUCCCACCUCAUUCUCCCCAUCACCGAGAAACUGAGCUGCUUCAAGCCCCUUCUAUAAUCAUCACACCGGUCCCUCUCCUAUUGAACCUCCACCUCCACCCUCUCUUUCAUCCAUGCCCUCGUAAUAUCCUCGCACUCCCUCGCUCAUGCGACCAAACCCCGGCCCAGCAUCCCUCUUCCGAGGUCGGGCCACAUGGACCUGUUCUCGCUGUAAACCAGGUCGAUCGACUCCCUUUGAUCCUCCUCGUCGGCCUUUGUCUUCGCACGGUCGUGCAGUUCGCAUUGUCCGCCCGAGGAAGGCAGUCUAUUGGGCCGCCGCUGGCUCUGGUUUGGGUGCGUCUGUCUUGUUCUUUGGAGACGAUAUCAAACAUGGAUGGCGAGCUGCCGAGAGAACGGGUAGAGUCGUCACUGCGCUCGCCGUCAACAUUAAUGAUUAUCGAGUUACCCUAAAACAGCAACUCGACGACCCGGACGAGGAAGCCCGACUCCUCAAAGACUGCCAUCAGAGAUGUGCAGAUCGGACCUUGAAAGUCUUGGAGAAGAACGGUUCCAUCUUCAUCAAGCUCGGUCAGCAUCUCUCUUCAAUGGGCUAUCUCCUUCCCACCGAAUGGACCGAGACCUUUAUACCUCUCCAGGACAAAUGCCCUGUCUCCUCCUACGAUUCCAUCGAAGACAUGUUCUUAAAAGAUACCGGACAUCGGAUAGAGGACUCUUUUGACAACUUCUCUCGUGAACCCAUCGGAGCUGCCAGUCUGGCUCAGGUACAUACUGCCUACUUGAGAGGCACCGAUCAAAAAGUCGCUGUCAAAGUUCAACAUCCCAGUCUCGAGGAGUGGGUGCCCCUCGACCUGGCCCUGACGAGAUUCACAUUCAAGACCCUCAAGAAAGCAUUCCCUGACUAUGAUAUGGAAUGGCUCAGUAGUGAGAUGGAUUUCUCCUUACCACAAGAGCUGGAUUUUGCCCUCGAGGGCCACAACGCCGACCGGGCUCGAGAGUACUUUCAAAAAAACACCUCCUUUCCCCUCAUAAUCCCAAAGGUCAUCUCGGCCAGCCGAAGGAUCUUGGUCAUGGACUACAUCACGGGCUCUCGUAUUGACAGCCUCGAAUAUUUUGAUAAGCACUGUAUAUCGCGCGACGAGGUUUCGGCCACCUUGGCCCGCAUUUUCAACACCAUGAUUUUCCGCAGAGGCGCUCCUCUCCACUGCGACCCUCACGGAGGCAACAUUGCUGUCCGUCAUAACCCUAAUCGACGCUACCCCUACAAUUUUGACAUCAUCCUCUACGAUCACGGCCUGUAUCGCAUGAUUGAUGACAAGUUGCGUCAAGACUAUGCCAACUUGUGGCUGGCGGUCAUAGAUGCUGAUGAGAAGGGAAUGCGCAAGUACUCGUACGAAGUUGCUGGGAUCACAGAUGACCAGUUCCCACUCUUUGCCUCGGCCAUCACCGGCCGGGACUAUCGCGUCUUAACCAGAAAGGAAGUGACAACGUCACUCCGCGACUCUAAGGAGAAAGAGGACAUCAAUGAGGUCUUUGGUGAAGAUCUCGUGCGACAGCUGGUCCAGCUUUUGGGUGAUGUGCCACGCAUCAUCCUACUCAUCCUCAAGACCAACGAUCUUACCCGCAGUCUGGACGAAUCGCUAGGCUCCAAGCAGCCUAUGCGUCCGAUGAUGAUUCUGGCCCGCUAUGCAAGCUUGACCGUGUGGGAGGGCCAUCGGGACUCCAUCAUGGCACGCGGCAGCAUUUUUAACCCCCGGAAUAUUUUCGACCUGUUCAAAGCCUGGUUGGACUUUGUGCGCGUCGAGUUGAAAUUAUUUGGCUUUGAGCGGUAUUUGUCCAUUCGCAGACAUCUUCACCUGGACAAUUGAUACUUUGUUGGGGGAGGCAUGACUGAAACGGCCUUUGACCUUUAGCGACGGCGUUGAAAAUGUCGACACGUUUGAUAGACGUCGAACAAGUAAAUAUCUAUAUCAUAUUCCUUGGUUCAUCAA